GAGGAGCUCUGUGUAUCCUCUGUACUGUCUGUACUGCGUGCCAACCAUCCAUCUUCUGCUAAACCGCCAUUAUCGUCCCCACCUGGGAACCCCCUCGUUGUAUCGGAGCGAAUCCCCUCAGAUCUGUCCAAAGACGCCAAGUCUUGCCGGAUCCCUCCGGUGCUGCCAAUAUGUCUGAAAUCCUGCCUUACAGUGAUGAGAAGAUGGGCCACUAUGGUUCCGACGGAGAGGUCGGGCAGAUUUCCUUUAGCUGUCGCCUACAAGAUACAAGCUCCUUCUUUGGGGGCAACCAGCAGAAAAGACCCCCCAAACUGGGGCAGAUUGGGAGAGCCAAGAGAGUUGUUAUUGAAGAUGACAGAAUAGACGAGGUGCUGAAGGGGGUGUCGGACAAGUCUCCCUCCGGAGUAUAAGGUGGAAGUGGUUGCUCUUCAGCGCACACUCUCCUCCCUGAUUUAUAAGCACUUUUGGCUGUGCAUGUUUGUGGACAUGGAGAAGAAGGAAAGGCUUUGAGGCUGCUGGCAAAUCUCCACCCUCCACCUUGAUCCAGACCCUCUGCAGGUCUCUUGACGGUGCCAUCAGGCUCCCUACCACAUGAAUGGGGAGCUGUCCAUUUCAGCACCUUUCUCUGUAACUUCUCAUGGUCUUUCAUCCUGGGCUUUGGGGGCAAUGAUGAGUCUAAGUCCAUGUUAUAGCCAACCCCGAGCAUUUGCCCUUAUGCCAAGAA